GACUUUCCGAGGAACCUCGGAGGAGACAUCUCUCCGCCCGCGAGCUUGCUUCCUCCUCUUCUGCCCUCUUGUUUGACACGGGCGAAAACGCAGGGCCGCCACCAUGGUUUUCAGGCGGUUUGUGGAGAUUGGCCGGGUGGCUCUCAUCAACUAUGGUGAGAACUACGGCAAGCUGGUCGUCAUCACCGACGUGGUCGAUCACAACAGGGCCCUUGUUGACUCUCCUGACAUGGUGCGCACUGUGAUCAACUUCAAGAGGCUUACGCUGACCGACAUCACAAUUGAGAUCCGGAGACUUGCAAGGAAGAAGGAGCUCAAGGAGGCCAUUGAGGCGGGCGAGGUGCACAAGAAGUGGGCGGCCAGCUCAUGGGGCAGGAAGCUGGCGGUGCAGGACAAGCGGGCGAAGCUGGGCGACUUUGACAGGUUCAAGGUCAUGGUGGCCAGAGUCAAGAGGAGUGCCGUCCUCAAGCGGGAGCUGGCCAAGCUGAGGAAAACAAAGUAACCUGGACACUGGCAUCUGUCAACGAAAUGCCAAUUACGGUUAUUGCUUUCAUUUUCCGCGCUUUUCCAGUCCAGCCCUCCCCAUUGGCUGGCUGAGUUGCUGCUCUCUUUCUUUCAUCAUUGUUCCUUGCUUGCGAAGUGACUUUUCGGGCCUCAGUAAAGCUAUGUUCUGACCCAUUUGUGACCACCCAACAUCGAGGUGUGCCGGGCCUAAGUGAGUUUGUUGCUAAGCGUCCGCCCGACUGUACAUGCGUAUGAAACUAUGAAACUAGCGAGUGUGCAUGGAUGCCGCCGAGCUCGCC